AUGUUACAAAUCCUCUCCCCGGUUUUAUCUCUCGCUGUUCUCUAUAGUUUUUUUUUUUUCACUUUCUCUCUCUAUCUGUCUGUAACUCCCUCCUAUCUCUCUCUCUCUCUCUCUCUCUCUCUCUCUCUCUCUCUGUUUUACUGUCUCUCUCUUUUACCUUUUCCUUUAUCAAUUUCUUUCCUAAUGAGUACACUUCGAAUUCACUACCUCAUAUCUAUCUAUCUAUCUAUCUAUCUAUCUAUCUAUUUAUCUAUCUCGAUCAGUUCAUGUCUAUCUCAUUCUGUUAAUAUCUAUCUAUCUAUUUAUCUCGUUCUUUCUCUUUUAAUCGUUUUUUCUCAAUUUCUGUCUCUGUUACUUUCGACCUCUAUUCUCUUUAUGCGUCCUUUCUUUUCAUUUCCUCGUUACUUUCACUCUCUUUCUCUCUCUUUAUCUAUCUAUCUAUCUAUCUAUCUAUCUAUUUAUCUAUCUAUCUAUCUAUCUAUCUCGAUCAGUUCAUGUCUAUCUCAUUCUGUUAAUAUCUAUCUAUCUAUUUAUCUCGUUCUUUCUCUUUUAAUCGUUUUUUCUCAAUUUCUGUCUCUGUUACUUUCGACCUCUAUUCUCUUUAUGCGUCCUUUCUUUUCAUUUCCUCGUUACUUUCACUCUCUUUCUCUCUCUUUAUCUAUCUAUCUAUCUAUCUAUCUAUCUAUCUAUCUAUCUAUCUAUCUGAUUAUCUCAUUCUAUAUAUCAGUUGUAGUUUCCUUUCUCUUCCUCUCUCUUUCAUUGUCUCCCUCUUUAUUGUUUUCGUUUUUAUAUCGUGUUUUCUCUGUUCUUUUUCUUUUUUUCUUUCUUUCUUUUCUUUUUUAUGUCGUUUUUAUUUAUCUCUUUAUUUCAUUCCUUUAUUCAUUCCUUCAUUCUUUCAAAAUUCCUCUCUUUCUUUCUUUUUGUUUCUUUCUUUUUCUUUCUUUCUUUCAUUCUUUCUAUUUUACUACCACGUUCUCCAUUGUAUCUAGUUUUAAUAUUGAUUUUUUAUUCACCUCCAUUCUUCCUCCCUUUCUUUCUUUCUUUCUUUCUUUCAAUCUUUCUAUUUUACUACCACGUUCUCCAUUUUUUAAUAUUGAUUUUUUAUUCACCUCCAUUCUUCCUCCCUUUCUUUCUUUCUUUCUUUCUUUCAUUCUUUCUAUUUUACUACCACGUUCUCCAUUAUAUCUAGUUUUUAUAUUGAUUUUUUAUUCACCUCCAUUCUUCCUCCAUUUCUUUCUUUCUUUUCUCUUCUUUUCAUUCUUUCUAUUUUACUACCACUUUUUUAUAUUGAUUUUUUUAUUCACCUCCAUUCUUCCUCCAUUUUUUUUUCUUUCUUUCUUUCUUUCAUUCUUUUCUAUUUUACUACCACGUUCUCCAUUGUAUCUAGUUUUUAUAUUGAUUUUUUUUAUUCACCUCCAUUCUCCUCCCUUUUCCUUUUUUUCUUUUCUUUCUAUUUUUCGUUCUCCAUUUUCUAGUUUUUUAUUAUUUUAUUCACCAUUCUUCCUCCCUUUCUUUUCCAUUGUAUCUAGUUUUUAUAUUGAUUUUUUAUUGAUUUUUAUUAUUCCUCCCUUUCUUUCUUUCUUCCUUCCUUUUACUACCACUUUUAAUAUUGAUUUUUUAUUCACCCCCAUUCUUCCUUCCUUUCCUAUUUUUCACCACGUUCUCGUAUAUCAUUUUAUAUUGAUUUUUCUAUUCACCUUUCUUUUCCUUCCUUCUUUCUUUAUUUUUCUUUCUUUCUUUCUUUUCUUUCUUUUCUAUUUUAUCACCACGUUCUCCAUUGUAUCUAGAUUUUUUAUUAUUCUUGAUUUUUUUUUAUUCACUUUUCUUUCAUUUUAUCACCACGUUCUCCAUUAUAUCUAUUCUUCCUUCCUCCUUCCUUCCUUUCGUUUUCUUUCUUUUAUUUCUUUCUUUCUUUCUUUCUUUCUUUCUUUCUAUUUUAUCACCACGUUCUCCAUUGUAUCUAGUUUUUAUAUUUUUUUAUUUCAUUCUUCCUCCCCAUUUAUUUUUUUUUCUUUCUAUUUUACUACCACGUUUCUUUCUUUUUUUAUUUCCAUUUUCUUUCUUCUUUCUUUCUUUCUUUCUUUCUUUCUUUUCAUUUUAUCACCACUUUUUUUGAUUUUUUAUUUCCAUUCUUCCUCCUUUCUUUCUUUCUUUCUUUCUUUUCUUUCUUUCUAUUUUUUCACCACGUUCUCCAUUAUAUCUAGUUUUUAUAUUGAUUUUCUAUUUCCAUUCUUUUUUUUCCUUUUUUCUUUCUUAUUUUUCUUUCUUUUUUCUUUUCCAUUUUUCACCAACGUUUUUUUGUAUCUAGUUUUAAUAUUGAUUUUUAUUUCUCCAUUCUUCUGUUCAUUUUCAUUUUUCUUUCUCUUUAUUUUUGCCUUUCCAUUAUACGUUUUUAUAUUGAUUUUUAAUAUUUCUUUCUUUCUUUUCCUUCUUUUUUUUCUGUUAUGCUUUCUUUUUUCUUUCUUCAUUUUAUUUCUUCUUCUUUCUUUUCCUUUUCAUUAUGUUUCUCUUGUUUGCCCUUUUUCGCACUGUCUUAAUUCGCCUUUAUUUUUUAAUAUUUCAUUCUUUCAUUUUAUUCAUUCUUUCUUUUCAUUUUUUUUUUUUCUUUUCUUUUUUUUUUUUUUUUUUUUUCUUUUUUUAUUUUCUUUUUUCCUUUUUGUUUUAUUUUUUUUCCUUUUUUUUUCAUUUUUUUCUUUUGUUUUUGCCUUUUUUUCACCUUCCCAACGCUUUUUUUUUUCUUUUUUCUUUUAUUUAUUUUUUUUUCUUUCUUUCUAUUUUUUCUUUUUUUUCUUUUUCCCAUUUCUUUUUAAUUUAUUUCUUUCUUUUUAUUCUUUCUUUUCUUUCUUUCUUUUUUUAUUUCUUUUUUUUCUUCUUUCUUUUUAUUUUUCCUUUUCGUCUCCCUCUCUCCCUCCUUACUUUUUCCCUCUUUCCUUAUCUCCCUCUCUCCUUCCUUCCUUUCUACCUCUUUCCUAA